GCGGGGUGAACCUUAUGUAAAGGAGUUGGAGGCUGAGCUUAGAGCUCAUCGACGUGCGUCAUCGAAGCCUGUUCAGCCUGCUGAUGCAACUCACUGCAAAUAGAUGAAGAAGAUCCCAGCAGGAUCAAAAUCGAACUUCAUGAUAGCUUGUUUGGGCGAGUUUCAGGAGACCGCUGCGGGGGAACAAAACUUUCGGCCCCCCAUCAUUGAUCAUCACGUGCACAGUGCGCUUGCGACGACCACGCCGACGGCGACGACUUUCCGGGUAGAGCAUCUUGCAGUCGAUAACCCCGCGCCUCACAGCUGAGCUGGCGCCCAUCUGUCGGAUAGCUAUCGAUCAUCUUGCACUAUGAAGUUCAGCUCUGCGCUCAAGUUUAACGCCGUGUCCGAGUGGUGGGACCAGUACAUCGCAUACGAUGCGCUCAAGCGCUCGAUAUACCAACUAGAGCGAACGCAGCACGAGCACGCCGCACAUGCCCCUUACCACGACCUCGAAGCGAACGAGAGCAGCGCCCUGGUCGGCGACGAGCGAGCGCAUGCGACGGACGCGGUGUUCGUCCCGCAGCUCGACAAGGAACUGCGCAAGAUCUGUGCGUUUUACGAGGAGCAGGCGCAGGAGGUCGUGAGAGAGGUGGCGGAGCUGGAAGAGUUGGUGCAGGAACAGGAGCAGUCGGGGGUGGAUUACUACGACGGGUACGACGACGAAGAUGACGACGAGGACGAUGAUAUCAGUCUGUCUCGGAGUCCCCAGCGGUCCCGCCGGGGGUUGUCGAGCCAGCGUGUGUCCCUCGAGGUUUCUGGUGCUAGUGCGUUUUUUUAUCUUCCUCGUUGGAUCCCCCAGCGUAUUCCCGCUUCUCAUUCUCGACUAGCAGACGAAUAUACACGUGGCCACCGCCUGAGCAUCUCAUCCGUCUCCUCAGAUGGGCACGGGGAAUCGCAUUCGCCCGCAGCACAACCACGAGGGACUAUUAGCCGGAUCGCAAACAAGUUCAUGCGGGCCAGUGCGACCUCUUCCACUGGCCCUGAAAACGUGUGGACUUCCAAGUCUGACUUUGCGACCGAUACCCGCAUGCUCUAUAAACGGCGCAUAACGAGGCUGUACAUCAUGAUCACGUCUCUCAGAUCCUAUGUCGAGGUGAACUAUUCUGGUCUGCGGAAGAUCCUGAAGAAAUACGACAAGGUUACCGACCGAGAGCUGAAAGACCGGUACUUGCGCGAAUCCGUCGACACCGCUCUGCCCUUCACCUCCGAAUCGCGCGCCAAGUUAACCGAGUGCCUGAACCAGCUGGUAGAACUGUACACCAAGUGCGUCGCACAUGGCGAUCGCUCGCUCGCCAAACAACAGCUGAAGCUGCAUCAACGCGAAAACAUCGCCUGGGAGCGGGACACCGUCUGGCGGCAGAUGAUCGGCCGCGAACGGCGUGGAUCGGGUAUCACUUCCGGCGCGCUUGUCCAGGAGGAAGAGAGCAAGGAGGUCGCGGUUUUCCCGAUCGCUGGCGCGCGAGUCCAUCUGACGCGCAGGAACUUGAUGUUCUUCGCGUCUGUCUUGGUGUUCCUCGUUUUGCUCAAUGUGCAAUCGGUCAACGGCGCGCAGGCGAACAACUGUUUUGCUAUACUGAUCUUCUGCACGCUUUUGUGGGCCACGGAGGCGAUCCCGUUGUUUGUUACCUCGCUCACGGUCCCGCUGCUGCUGGUCACUUUCUCUGUGCUUCGGAAUGGCGAGGGCACUCCCUUGACGCCUCCAGAAGCCACCACAUUGGUCUUCUCCAUGAUGUUUUCGCCGACUAUCAUGCUGCUGAUUGGAGGUUUCACGAUCUCCUCUGCGCUGAGCAAGACAAAUAUCGACCGAUUGCUUAUCACGCGAGUGCUGGCUAUGGCUGGCACGCGCCCGAGCACGGUUCUGCUUGCGUUCAUGGGCGUGUCUUGUUUCGCCAGCAUGUGGAUCAGUAAUGUGGCUGCCCCGACACUCUGUUUUGCGCUCAUCAAGCCCAUCCUGAGAACGCUUCCUCCCAAGUCAUCGUUCGCACCAUGCCUGAUCCUUGCCAUCGCUCUGGCCGCCAACAUCGGUGGUCAAUCGUCCCCCAUCUCUUCACCGCAAAACCUGAUCGCACUGGAGGCUAUGGACCCCCCGGUGUCCUGGCUACAAUGGUUCAUCGUCGCUCUGCCCGUCUCUGCGAUCUCGAUCCUACUCAUCUGGGGCCUGCUCCUCGUCUCCUACAAACCGGCCCGCGCCCCGGACGGCGGACGCGACAUCGAAAUCAAGCUGAUUCGGCCGACACGGGAGCCUUUCACGCUGAAACAGUGGUGGGUCACGUUUGUGUGUAUCCUGACGAUCGCGCUGUGGUGCGUUGCGAGACAGCUGGAGAACGUGUUUGGGAACAUGGGCGUGAUUGCGAUCAUCCCCAUAGUCGCGUUCUUUGCGACGGGUGUGCUGAAGAAGGAUGACUUUGAGCAGUUUGCGUGGACGAUCGUCUUCCUCGCGAUGGGUGGCAUGGCGCUGGGCAAAGGCGUCACGUCCAGUGGACUGCUCGAGAUUCUCGGAGACCAUAUUCGUGAAAUGCUGCACGGGGUGUCGCUGUACAAUGUCGUACUCAUCCUUUCGCCCGUUGUGCUCGUUAUCUCGACUUUCAUCAGCCACACCAUUGCCAGCGUGCUGCUGGUCCCGAUCGCGAAAGAGGUCGGACUGAGCCUGCCCGGGAAUCACGCGAAUCUGCUCAUCUUCAUCACGGGUUUGAUCUGCUCGACCGGGAUGGGCAUGCCUGUUUCUGGAUUCCCCAAUCAGACUGCAGCCAAUCAGGAAGACGAUCUCGGCGUGCUGUAUUUGGACAACAUAGAUUUUCUUAAGAACGGUGUCCCUGCGAGUGUGAUCGCGACUUUGAUCGUUGCCACGGUCGGAUAUCUGCUCAUGUUACUCAUCGGCCUGUGAUUGCUUCCGUUCCGGAUGCGGAAAGUACAAAGACCCUACCGUAUAACUAAUGUCACUAUCUAUCGAUCCCGGAUAUCCACGUCACAUACCUACAGUACUUACGUAUCUGGAGGACAGGAUCUAGAGCUCUAUGUGUAACAAUUGCGCCGGUUGCUGCGAGAUCGUUCAUCCAGACCAUUCAAUAUUACGAUCGUCCGUGGAGCAGCUGCACAGCCUUAUGACAUGCGGAACGACAUGCGCCACUUCUUUCGCGUAGACCCGUCUUCACGCGCACGCAACCUUCGAGUGUUUGUCAUUUGAUGUUGGUGGAAAAACGUUCCCGUCAUUGGCAUGGCGACAGGAGUGGUUUCCGUGGAGCGGAACGAGAUGGGAAGGAUAUUAGGAUCCACAGGCUUCUUCUCUGUGAGGUUGGCGACAGGAUACUUACUCGAGAUUGGAUUUGCGGGUAAGCGCGCGACCGCUCGACGAACCGUAAGUAUAUUAUGUGAUGGACAGGGAGCUAGAGGGGGGUUUAAGAGGCGCCCCCUCGCUGGUUUUACCGGCUCCAGAUCAAUCCAGACUUGCAGGGAUCGGACCGACUAACGAAUAACGAAUACAACUGCAUGUGCAUACAUCUGCGGCAAGUAAAAGAGUACAACUAUGGUAUACGAUAGGUAGUUUAAGGGGCAUACGUAGAGUAGGUGGAAGAGGCCGUCCCGCGUGAAAUAUGUACACACGAAUUAGGAAUCUGAAGCAAUUAUCCAGCGUACAAUAAAGAAACGCGAACAGCGCGUUCAUCACCACGAGGAGAGCGGGACCUGGUCCGGCGCCGCCGCCUCGUACCUGCACGACGAGAUCCGGGGAUGGGACGACAGGAAGGAGGACGAGGACAGCCAUGCGGGAUUGGGCGGCCCGCUAAAGCUGCGCGAGCGCUCCUUCUGCUCCAGCAGCGCGAGGGGGACGAGCGACAGGCCCUCGCCGGGAGAGCGUGGCGUCCGCGGUGAGACAGACGCGGGGGACGCCGCGGAGUUCGAGUUCGAGUUCGAGUCCCGGUCGUCGUCUGGGACGCACAGCCGCAGGGCCGGCAGCGAUCGAUAUGACGCCCUGCGGGAUAUGGAUCAGCGAGUGGGGAGGGGGGAACCGGAUCUAUCCGUCCGCACCUCCUCGUGUCCUCCUCGUAGCUGCCGAUGCUCCCGCGCCGUCGAGCGCGUGCGCGCCCCCGCCGCGCAUGUCCUCGAGUGCGGAUAUCGGGGGCAGCGCGUAGAGAUCUGGUUUCGACGAAGGCGCGGCGGACGCGUUGUGCGCGACGACAGGCAGCUGUAGCGGUGGCCGCGGGGACGACAUAUCCCACGACGACCGGCGCUGGGGGUACGGUGCGAAUCGAUGUGUGGAUGAGGAUGCAGGUGCCGGUGCGGGUCGGUCUUGCGCCGGCGCCGGCGCAUGCAGCUGCAGCUGUGCGACGGUGCCCGCCUCCCUUGGGGGAGGUGGCGGGACGACGCGGCGCGCUCUGCGUCGCCCGGAAUUCGCAACGAUCUGGCCGUAUCCUGGCUGGUCAGGCGAGAGACACG